UUCAGUCCGGUGCAGUGAGCGCUGCGCUUCACGGGGCUUCCCUCACGACCGCACGUUAAUUAACAUCUCACGGUGCGGCUGUUCUCCCGUUAUUCCACCGUGUGAGAUUCCAAAAUUAGUUAACUCCAGUUUGGGCUUUCUCCAAGUUUCACAACGCCCCCACUCCGGCUGUUAUGAAGAAAAACGCGACGGUGGCAAGUUGAUUGCAGCGCGGCUCCAGUUUAAACAGACCGUGCAGGUGUAGCUGCAUAUAAUCCGUCUAAUCGUCCUUGUCGCCGGAGAGGAUGGCUCUGCAGGCGGAGAAUGUGAGUGUGGUGGAGGUGUCUGCAGGCUGUGGGGAGCAGGGGAACCUCAGCAUGGAAGUUACAGACUACAAUAUCAGCUGCAGGAACGGCUCCGUGCUCCCCAGACCGUCCAGAGUCAAAGAGAUGGACUCAUUCCGCAUCCUGCUCUACUCUCUCAUCUUCCUGCUCAGCGUCUUCGGCAACCUGCUGAUCAUUGUGGUCCUGAUGCUGAACAAGCGCAUGCGAACCGUCACCAACUCCUUCCUGCUGUCGCUGGCAGUCAGUGACCUCAUGAUGGCCAUCUUCUGUAUGCCCUUCACCCUCAUCCCCAACAUCCUGGAGGACUUCAUCUUUGGAGCCGCCAUGUGCAAAACCGUCUCCUACUUUAUGGGGAUCUCUGUCAGCAUCUCCACCUUCAGCCUUGUGGCCAUCGCUAUCGAAAGAUACAGCGCCAUCUGUAACCCGCUAAAGUCCCGCGCGUGGCAAACUCGAUCCCACGCCUACCGUGUCAUUGCAGCCACCUGGAUGGUGUCGCUGCUAAUCAUGGUGCCCUACCCUGUUUUCAGUGUCCUCAAGUCUUUUCCCAAGGCCAACGGUACUGUUGGCCACAUGUGUCGCCUGCACUGGCCCAGUGGACAAGCUGAGCAGACCUGGUAUGUGCUGCUCCUGUUCACUCUGUUCUUCGUGCCGGGAGUGGUGAUGAUUGUAGCCUACGGUCUGAUCUCCAGAGAGCUCUACAGAGGCAUGCAGUUUGAGUUGGGCCAGAGCAGAGAGACCACUGGCCAGAAGAACGGUGUAGGACGAACUGUUGCAGGGUCCAAUGAUGACGAUGACGGUUGCUACAUCCAGGUGUCUAAAAAACCCUCCUCCGCUGUGGAGCUCCCCACCCUCUCUGCGUCGUCUGGCGGCGCCCAGGCCAAAACUGAACGUGCCCGCAGCAACACCUCGGAGGCAAAACUGCAGGCCAAGAGGCGAGUCAUCCGCAUGCUGAUGGUGAUCGUGGCGCUCUUCUUCAUCUGCUGGAUGCCCCUUUACUCAGCCAACACCUGGAAGGCCUUUGACUUGAAGUCAGCGUCCAAAGCCCUCACAGGAGCACCCAUCUCCUUCAUCCACCUGUUGUCCUACACCUCGGCCUGCGUCAAUCCCAUCAUUUACUGCUUCAUGAACACACGCUUCCGCAAAGCCCUGCUGUCCACCUUCGCCUGCUGCUGCCGCAACCGACUCUGUCGCUGGUGGUGCAGGAGGAAGGAGGGAGGAGAAGACGGCAUCACUGCCACCUCAAUGGGAACUUCAAUGGCCACCUCCAUGUCCAAGUUCAGCUACACCACUGUCAGCACCACUGGCACCUGCUGAGCCCCGAGGAGAGCUGGGUGGUCGCAUCAAUGUCUGUCAGGGCAGUGGUUGCUGCGUGCAACAUCUGUUUUUUUUUUUUUUUUUUCAUCUUCUGUUUUUCACCCUUAAUCUUAAUAUGCUAUGAGUCAUACGCUGAGUAAUAUCCCUGCCCUCAUUUAUGAGGCCUUUUUAAAAGGUCUCCCUCAAAUUCUGUGUGCAUGGUUGCAGAAUGUGAGGUGGGUGAAACGCCGUUUCAGUUUGGUGACAUUCUUUUUUCUUCUGUUUAAUUGGCAGCAUCCGCUUUGUUGCAUCUGAAGAGAACAUCAAGUGCCUGUGCUCUUUGUGUGGCUUCGUUUGUCAUGGUAGUGCGUUCACUGGCGGAGAGACAUUUUAGUGGAAAAUCUACAUCAAAAAUAUGGAUCCUGUGUACUUGUAAAUACUGUCUUUGUGUUCUUACUGUGCCAAAGGUAAAUUUUUGACAGAGACAUACUGUUGAACAGUGAGGACUUAUUACCUCAGUAAUGAAUCAGUAUGGAUUUCAGCUCCUUUUGUGUUUCAUGUAGUUUCAUCUUCAUUCAUUCAGGGCAUUGCUCUCAGUUAUCAGAAUUAUUCUACUGAAGGGCAACUUUGAACGCAUUGCUGGGUCCCUAAUUUCUGAAAUAUUUAAACAGAAAUCAUUCUAUUUAUACCAAAAAAAGACAUCAAAGGGAAAGAGUUAGUUUAGCUUUUUUUGGACAAGCUUCUUGCUUAGCUCUGACUAAGUGUUUCACUCUUACUGAGUUGUGUUACAUCACUUAUUGUGGGCAAAGCAUAUGUUCUGCAAAUAUGCAAACACCAAAAUAUAUUCAUUCCUAUGAUUUUGUGGGCUUUUUAUCAAUAAUGGGAUGCUUUGACUCUUUUGCAGCACCGCUCUGUGAUUCAGGCUGAUAAGGCAGGUGCACCUUUACAUAAACGUCUUGACGAUAAACAUCUGAAGACUGUAAUUUACUCUUAUUUUCCUUGGCAAGCAUAAAUGAGAAAGCCUGGUGUUUAGAACGAGGCAAUUUUCCGGUGUUGGUCCACCCCGCAGCAUAACAAACUGGUAUCAAACAGUUUCAGUCAUGGAACUUAAAUCUCCUGUUGCCACUGCUACAAAUGUAUGUUGAAUACUGAUGUACACAUUAACGCCAGGAUGUGAGUUAUUAGAGAAAGUGCAGAUAGUCCAUCCAUAAAAGGCGGAUUGCAGCUUCUAGUUGCUCCAUCCUGCCCCUGCUACAAAUGGCACCGAAAAGUGCUUCAGUCAAACUCACCUUUUCUGCUCAAUUAUCUCUGCUGUGUCUUUUAUGUACUCUCUCUGCCUUCCGCUGCAGUGCUGCCAAUUACUUCGAGCAUUACCUAAGUACAAAGACCCCGUUUCCAGGCUCAGACUAACGAGGUGUUUCUCAGGGACCCUCUCCUCUCCUGCAGUGCAAAUCUCAUGACUUUGCCUUUGUCAGACUAAAGAUGAAUGGCUUUGCUGACGUGCUACAUCUGAGCCCUUCAAUUCAUUAAUAAUAACAACAAACGUGAUUUAAAUAGCAUCUUUCAUUCAAAGACUGGAGCUCAAAGUGCACUACAAUAGGAUGAAAAUUGCUGAGUUAAAAUUAGUACAAAAAUGUUUUCUUCCUGUCAAACAAAACAUGACGUGUGCUUACAAAAGCUAGUACCAACCAAUUUCAGCUAAUAUCAUGACAUCCACCCAUCAAUCAAUGUGCAGCAUUAAACUGCACAGAGCAAAGAUUGCAAAUCUCUGCAAAGAUUAAGUUAGGAACAGCAUGCUACCUCAGUGUGUCUUCAUUUCCCCAAAAUGCUGUGGUUACGGGCCACGGGUAACUGUUGCAGCUCCAGAUUAUGCGCAAGACAUUUUACAGUGGACUGCCUCUGCAACUACAAGGAGCAUCUGAUAGGCUUCAUCUCUCUCUGUCCCUGAGGGAUACUGCUAUCCCAUCAGCAUGACACUGCCAAGGCAUCUGUUAUGACUGUUAUGACAUGCCCACUUUUCUGCAAUCAAAUCAAAAUCCUCGCAACGUUAUGUCCUGCCUGCCUAUUGUGUUUAACUCGCAAAUACCUCACAAUACUGAGGCUAGAAACUCUCAAAAUGCUGUUUCAUUUGGACUUUACGGUCAGAUUUUACAGAAAUUAGAAUACGAAUAAAAACAGUGACAGCAAACGACAUAUAAAACUAUUAUUUGCAUUCUUGCAGGAAGUAAGAUAAGAGGAUCGAUGCUGCUCUCAUGUCUGUAAACUAAAUAUAAAGCUACAAUCAGCAGCCAAUUAGCUUAGCUUAGCAUAAAGACCUAUGUCUUUUGUGUUUAAUUCACAUUUAACACAGAAAUUAUUCCAAACACUGUUCUGAGAUGAUAUUCAACACAAAAUGAGGAUUGGCUAAUGAAGCUAACUGCAGAUCUACAAAGAUGGUAACCAGCCAGCUAACCAAGCUAACUGUUUGGUAAGUCACCAGUUUCUUCAGUUCUAUUGUUUGGUAGGAUGAUCCUCUCUAGCUCCUAGGCUGUGCUCGUAAAGACAUGGUCGACUAAAAGUUAAACAAAAAAGCAUUUUACGUUACUUUGAAUUUCCUCGGUGGGCUGCAGCACUAACAAUGCUAGCUGUUCCGUUAGCUAGCAAGUUGCCCUGGAAGUAUGUCCCUAUGUGGCUUGCUACAAAAGCUUACUGUGGUUUAGUUUGGUGGCAAGCUUUUGAAAUAAUUGAUGAAAAAUUAAAAAUAUAUCCGAAAAACUUUAGGAGGGUUGUGCCACUUGUCCGACAUAGUUUAGGCAGUCAUGUUCCCCGAAAUUCUAUGACAAAGGUGGCAAGAGCCAAGUUAGCAUGACCUGUUAGUUGCAAAAAAAAAAAAAAAGAGACUCAGCUUGAAUAAAAUCUAAAUUUCCAUUUCCAGUAGUACAUACACAUUAGUUACAUCUACAAUGGUGAGUCAGACCUGUUUGAUUCAUGAGUUAUAUGUAAGUAGUGUAUUUUUUUGAUGACAAGACAUGGUGUUCAUUAACGAACUCCGAAUUGGAAAUUAUUCAUGAAUUCAUUUAUGAAUUCAGUCAAUUCUGCCAAAAUAUUAAAAUGAUAGUACUGCGGUGAAUAAUUUACACUCCAUUAAGAUAUUAAGUAGACUCCGAAUUUUAUCAGUUGGCCUCUGCAGCACGAGGAUGUCUGGAUUUGUGUUGAACAGUGUGAUGUAAUUCUUUUGUCCUACAUACAGUGUGCGCUGACAGCUUUUUGCUGUCAUAUCCUAUCACUUUCAAGUUUGGUCCUCUUUUUCAUGUCCUCCCAUCGCCUAGCACUCCCUGUCCCUGCAGCCCCCCCACCCACCCACCACCCUCCUUUUUAUCCUUUUCACUGCAGAGGCGUAUGAAUACAUGAAUGGCAAUAGCGUGUGGGUGACAGCUGAGAUUUGCAGGCACAAGCGCUGUCCGAGAGCCGUUUACAGGCAGUGGCAAAGGUGGCAGCGAGUUCGGCUUGCAGACAGACAAUUGGCACACAAAAAUCCCCAGCAGAGCCCGACUUGUAAACACCUCGUCUGGCAGCCUCCACUCUGUGUGUGCUUUUGUAAUUAAAGCAGGAGACAAUGAAUGAUUUCCAUAUCUUUGCCAGUGCUUGGUGCAAAGGAGAACCUUGUGGAUUUAGUCAGGAUUUAUUUCACUGUCUGUGCAUGUCUUGUUGUUACAUUAUAAAAUUGGAGCCUGUCGUAUAGUAAGCAUGUUAAUUACCAUGGCUGAGUAGGAAUAAUGAAGAUUAGGCCCUUUAAUCCAGAGUUGGUGUUGUUUUGUGUUUCAUGGCCUGUGGAUGGAAACUUCACAAAAUACUUCUCAGUCUCCUGUCACGUGCAUUAUGAAUGAACUUCUAGGUAACCUUCCCCACUAAAAGUUAAGCCUUGACAGGCAGAGAUUUACCUUUGAAAAUGUACACUUCUUGUUGAAUUUUAUAUCUGUUUUUAUUUACCUCAGCAGGCCGGCAGGUGCAGGUUUACAUUAUUAAAAUGAAUUAACCUUCAAGUCUUAGAGCUGAUACUUUCCCUUUUUUGUAUGUUUUUGCUAGUUUUACUCAGCAGCACACUAGAAGCACAUACUGCGCAACUCAUUUCCUCACUACAGAAUAUACUACUUCCUACUCUGAGGCCCACUGAAGGGUUAGCAUGCACUCCAGACAGAUAGACUCUCAAAAUAUUGGUGAUUAGUUUAAAAAUGCAGAACUGAGAUAACGUGGCAUCUAACUUUUUCGAUUGAGUCUUGUCUAUAUGCUCAAUACAAUACUACAACCAUAAGGCAGUUAGCUUAGCAUAGAAUAUAAAGUCUGGGGAGAGAAAAUAUAGCCGGAUUGUGUCCAAAGUUUUUAGCACCUAAAACUAACUAGUGUGAUAUAUUGGUUGUUGUUUUAAUAGUGAAAAAAACAAAACCCAAAAAACACGUAAAAUAAAUAAAUAAAUAAAUAAAUAAAUUAUAAGUUAUGUUUUUACGGUUAUCUAUUUGAUUGCCGGAUAUUUUUAUAUCUUAGAACAGUAAGACUUGCUGUUUAAAAUUCCCUAAAAACUUGGUAUUUUACCCAGAGGCCGUGUCUGAAGUUGUACAUCAUACAGACUGUUUUGUGCUGGAUGCAUAGAAGUGCGACAGACUUUGAAGCUAAUUUGACAUAGUGGCCAAACCAUGUAACUACAGUUUCCAGGUCCAUCAUGUGAUGCCAUUGGGCCGAAAAAUACUUUUUCUCAUAGACUUACAUUAGGAAAGAAAUGCUUGUGAAUCAGUGGAUGUAUUUUUUGGAGCUUCACAACCCAUUUGACAUGACUUGAUUCAUAAUUAGGAUUUGUUCUAUUCAGUCCAGUAACAUUUUGUAGGUCUAAAAGAGCUGCACAAUUUAAUCACUUUAUCUCCAUUCAAGUUGACAAAGAGCCACAUAGCUGCUUGGUCAGUGAAAGCCUUAGUGCAUUUGCUCGAUGGGCACAAAGAUGCAGAAGAUCCAAGUAAUUUUACAGCCAGGAAGUCAAACAUUUUUGUGUUCACUGAGCAACUUUAAUAGGAAUGAACGGAGCCCCACCUCCAACACUGUAUUUGAUUCUCUUUCAACAUCCACGGUCUCUGCCCUUUUUGGGUAAUCAAGCAACACUGAACCCCAGAAAGUUCUCCUUAACCCCAAGAUGAAACCUACAGGGCACCUCAUGCCUAACUGUAACAUCAAAUAGAGAUAAUUUUUUAUUUGUGAUAAUUGAUUGAUAAAGAUAUACUUUGAUUUUUGCUUCUUGUACUAGGGGCAUAGCUGCAACCGCGACUGGACUUUAACACAGACUUUCAAAUGAUUUUUACCUGAUUGCUGGUAAAUUGUCAAAUUGACCAUCAUAAUGUGAAACUAAAAAAUACGUACAACUACACAGUGCUUAAAUAUAUUGACAUUUAGAUAGACUAAAUUAUGUUAAACAUUAAAAAUCUACUCAAAUGGGCGGUCUGUAUUAAUGCCCAAAUGGGCUUACAAGGCAGACCUUCAAUUUCCAUGUACACAGGUGUGAGAUCAAAUAACCACUACAAGUUUUAGGAAAACAUGAACAAUAUCAAAUAAACUGAUCUCAUACUGUUUGCAUAAAAUUGCACUUAGAGCAUGGGCUAAGAUGGUCAAGCAGCUCACCAAAGCAUGCACUGCUGUGUCCUACAGAACCAUGCCCAUAUGGGUGAAAUACCAAGUUUUUAGGGAGUCCUGAAGCUGUUUCCACCUGCUGCCAGUCAAGCUAAGCGAAAGGGCUGCUGGCUGCAGCUUCAAAUUUAGCGGUUUAUUGGUAUCAGUAGUCUCGUCUAAUUCUGCAAGCCUCUGAUCAGUAACUGUGAAUGCCUCCUGAAUCAAACAGUCGGCUACCGAAUAAUUGAUUUUUACCAUGACACAGUAAGUUUACCAACUCCUAAAAACAAGGUAAAAAUGCCCCUCCAGGGGUGAGAAAUCGAAUUGUUACUCUGUCCCCAGAACAAUGCCUGAUGCAAAUUGAAACUGAAAUGAGACCGAGGCAUAGGACCGAGUGCACAGUUGGUUUCUCUCUUAUCUCUACCUCUCUUAACAAGAAUCCCAUUAGGUGCUCCAGGCGACGCACAAGGAGGAAAAACAGAAAACCUCAUUUGGCUCUUCCGCACACAACACAUGAAACAAUUCUUUGACCAUCUCGGGACACAAAAGAAGUGACAGCACAAAAUAUAAACUGCAGUGUCGUAUUUCAUGAAUGUCACUUUUUUGACAGUAUAAUAGUAACCUCCUCAUAUUUCAGAUGAUUCAUGGGGCAUGUCAUUUGUGCUCUUUAAGCUGCUCAUUAUGAUUUUGCUCUUAGUUAACCUCUAAUUUGGAGGAUAUUCAUGCUUUCACUGUAGCUGAAGAAUUACACACUCCUGGGGAAAAGGGAACUCUGCUCACCUUGAGCUUACAAAAUCCUUACUGAAAAAAAAGCUACAAACAAAACUGCUGUUCUUCAUUCCUGAAAAGAUUUUCAGUCAGCAAACACUGACAAAGCACUCAUAAGUAAAUUAGAAGUUGUUUCUCAAUUAUUUAUAAUGGCUUCCUGGGGGGAGGGCUGCCAGUAAUAUGUGCCUCUGCUGUAUUUUUUAUUUUGUUCUUCUGCAGAAUAAUUCAUAAUUGCAAAGAGUGAUUUUGGUAGUUUCACCUCAGGCACAGAAUGACAUAUUUUUGUUUUGGCCUACAGGUUCUGCACCUGACAAACACAGUUGAUGUGAAUUGUCAAAGAACCUGCUCUCAACCGUCAUGUUCAUUUUUUACUCAGCCUUACAGAGUCCUUGUAAAAAGGAAAAAUGUGUCUUUGGUAGCUUUCUCUUCACCUCUUCCUUCUCAAAUAUCGAGUUACAGGAAGAGUAACGUUGUUUUUCUCCCUUCUCAACACCUUCUGAGGGAGCAGCUUAAGUGUUAACAUGUACGUUUAAGUCUCAGCUUCAAGGAAAAAAGAAACGCUACAAGUAAACCAACUGAUAAAUGCUGAAGUGAGGAGCAAGCACGGAGAUGAGGUGAUGAAAUCAUAUAUUUAGCUCUUAUUAGCAUUGGAAAUAUUUCCCUGAUGGUGAAGCUGUCUGUGUUUGUGCAUCUACAUGCGCUAAAUGUUUACCAAAGCAGUCUCCAGGUCUGCUGAUUCUUUUCACAUUUUACCACAUCUGGUGCCUGCUUGUGCUUCAUUGUAAUAUUAUAGAAAUGUGUAAUUGUCUGUUAGUUGAAACAGGACCACACUCAUGUCUGUGAGAGGUUUUAAAUGUGAGGUUAUUGUUGUUUGUGAUGUUUUGCUUUCACUGUAUCUCCAGUAUGAUGUAGUUAAUAUGACGCGGUCUUGUUUGGUUCAUGGUUACUGGCUACAUGUGCAGUAUUUUUCAUGCCAAAUGUCCAUUAUUUAAAAAAAUAAAUAAGCA